AUGGUGUUCAGAUACGUACUCCUCACAGUGACUGGUGCUGUGGUGGCGUUUUGGGCACCGAUUGCUGGCGGGUACCAGCCGACGUGGGAAUCCCUCGACACGCGUCCUCUGCCCGAAUGGUAUGACAAUGCCAAGCUUGGCAUUCUCAUCCACUGGGGGCUGUUCUCCGUUCCGUCGUUUGGUUCAGAGCGGUUCUGGAAGGAUUGGAAAGAAGGCCACCCUAAAUUCAUUCGCUUCAUGAUGGAGAAUUACCCUCCGAGCUUCAAGUACCAAGAUUUCGCGCCCCAAUUCAAGGCCGAGUUUUACGACCCAGAAGAGUGGACGGACAUUUUCGAGGCUUCGGGAGCUCGUUACGUCAUCCUCACGAGCAAGCACUUCGAAGGAUACUCUAUGUGGCCCUCUCCGCACUCGUGGAACUGGAACAGCAAGGACGUUGGUCCUAAUAAGGAUCUAGUUGGAGUUCUUCAGCCACAUAAAUGGGAGAGAGGAACAUCGCUUGACAGGCAUUCGUGGGGCUACAGACGAGAAGCCCAGCUGAAAGAUUACCUGUCCAUCACCGAACUCAUCUCUCAGAUGGCCGAGACUAUCAGCUGCGGAGGCAACUUCCUGAUUAACAUCGGCCCAUCAGCGGACGGUCGUAUUCCACCCAUCAUGGAAGAACGACUGAGGCAAAUGGGAGCGUGGAUAGAAGUCAAUGGCGAUGCAGUUUAUGCUUCACGUCCUUGGACAUAUCAGAACGACACCGUUACUCCGGGAGUUUGGUACACGAGGGACAAGGACAUUGACCUCACUUAUGCCAUCGUUUUGAACUGGCCGACCGACUGCCAGCUGUUCUUGGGAGCUGUCAAGGCAUCAAAGGUCACCAAGAUCUUCCUGCUGGGGUAUGGCACGCCAGAGGGGAAAUUACAGAGACUGAAGUUCGAGACAGGAGCACAUGGCAUAACAGUCACUUUCCCAGACAUGUCAGACGUCAAAAGCAAAUGGGCUUGGGUUCUCGUUUUGUCCGGAAUCAGCCCUGCAUUGCAUAGUUGAGCAAUGCCUGCUGCACCCUCCAGGUUUUAAUGGAAAGUGUCGGCCCCAAAUGGAAAUUGAGACGCGGUGACCUGCAGCUUUGAGGAGAGAAAUGUCAAAUCAGCAUUUUGACUAGAGCUGCAUCUCAGGAACCUUGAGCGUUAUUUAUUGAAGGGAAACAGCUGCAUGAUCAUUUUAAGUGAAAGACAUCAGUGGAUAACCGAGAUCCCUCCUUUCCAGUGCAUCUUCCACAGCAUCGAUGCAUCUCAUCUUUGAUUUUGAUAAUAAUGUUAUGACUACAUAAUUCUGACAGUGUAUUCUAUCACCCUUACCAUUAUACGUUGUACCUUUAUUCUACUCACCCAUUCUUUUGACAAACUUUUCCCUGGUGAAUUACUCACUUCACUCACUCACAGUGUUAUUCACUUACUGCAGCAUCUCGUCCGUGAUCCCAGGAACUAACUACUCGUUUCUCUCCUUUCUUGAACCUCUUAGUUACCAACGUGACAUCAUCAAUAGUCAUUCUAUUAGCCAUUUCCACUCUUGUGUCAUUAACUUUCUCAUCUCAUAUAUACAUACAUA